ACUACGAGGCUGGUGUAGGAGUCGCCACGAUGAUUUUAAAAUUUUUGAGUGAAGGGUGUGUGUGUUAUUAGGUGCUUGUAGUUUUGUGUGGAGGAAGAGAGUUGUCUUUAGAGGGCAGGCUAUGACUGCCCCCUUGUGUUGUGAGACACAAAGGGAACCGUGCUGGUAUUGUUGCAGUGACUGAUAUAGUGAGAGACAAGCUGCAAAGUAAAACUGAAAGAAAUAGAGCCUUGACCCCUGAGAUGGUGGCCAUCACAUUACGAUAUUUAGCCACAGGAAAAAUGCAACAGUGCAGUUGUGAUGAUUUUGGAACAACGCAGCCCACUAUCAGCCGUGCAAUAUCACAGACAAUUGAUGCACUGGCUGACCCAGAAGUAAUCUGCCAGUUCGUGGCUUUCCCUCACACCCAGCGUGAAGUGCAGCAAAAACAGGCAGAGUUCAUGCAAGUAACUCAGUUUCCCGGUGUUGUGGGAGUGAUUGAUGGCACUCAUAUAAGAAUUGUGUCUCCUCAUGUCGAUGAACAUGUAUAUGUGAACAGGAAACGCUAUCACAGCAUAAAUGUGCAAGUAGUAUUUGAUGCUCACUAUAAGAUUCUUGACAUUGUGGCAAGGUGGCCUGGCUCAGUCAACGAUGCAAGAAUACUAGAUAAGUCAGCACUCAAACUGAUGUUUGAGGAACAACAUGUACCUGCAGGAUGCUACCUUCCCGGGGACAGUGGCUAUCCCUGUAAGCAGUGGCUCCUCACUCCUUACCUUCGCCCUCAAACUGUUGCACAAGCUAAUUAUAACAGGUGGGUUUAUUUGUAAAUAGUGUUCUGUUAGGUUUAGAUAUGCUUUGAACGAAUCUAGUAGCUUUCUCCCCAGGGCCGCCCUCCCGCGUGUGCCCGCAGCCCCUACAAGAACCGGUCCCUGCCCCCCUUUGGGCACGCUCUCCUCCCAAGGCUAAGUCCCCGGGGCGUGGCCGCCCAAACUAACCCCCCUCCUCCCAACAGUUCCAGUACCUUACGAUGCAGCCGAGGGGACUGACGCCACCACCACCACUGCCACCACCGCCACAACAAGGGUUAUUCAAAUGGGGAACAUGCUUCAGGUGUUGCCCCAAGAUGCCUCAGCCCCGCAGCCCCACUUCCCCAUGAUAGUGCAGGCAGGGAAUGUCAUACAGGUUGUUCCAGCUGACAACACGCAGGUAUUAGGGGCAGAAGUCGUUGGAGUUGGUCGGGUCAUGCAAGUGGUCGGAGUCCCAGGCUUUCCCCCGACCCCAGCCCCAGACCCCUGCCCCAGCCACCCCUCUCCCUGUGACCCCUGCCCAGUCAUCCCUCACCCCCUCCUGCCCCCCUGCGGUGCUGCCAGCGGGGGUGAUGGGAGGUGGAGGUGGGCCACACACACCUGGGUUAGCUGUGGCUUGGCUUAUCUCCCUCCUCAGCAGCAAAUCCCGAGGAUCAACGAGGACAUGGUGGACCCAGAGAUUGCAGCAGCAGCGAGAGAGAGAGAGAGAAGCAAGAGAGGAGGGAGAGGAAGGAGAGGAGGAGGAGAGAGAGGGAGGCCAGGAGGGAGGCACGUCAGAGAGAGAGGGAGAGGAAGAGGUUGAUUCUGUUACAACAACAACUGCAACAACAACAACAGUUAGUCAGUGAGGAGGGGGAGGGGCCGUCCUCUGAUGCUGAGGAUGAGGUAUUGUUCAGGGAGGCCAUGUCGGAGGUGCCGGUGGUGGGGUCGCCAGUUCCGGAGUACGAGGUGGAGGAGGAAAAGGAAGAGGAGGACGAGGAGGAGGCACGGAUAAGGAAGAAGAAAAGAUUAUUAGCUGUAGCCCUCCCUCCAGCUGAUAAGGGGAUAUUAAGGAGCCCUUCCUACAGGUUCGUUCGAUGCAAGGAGUUGGCCACAGGAGGCGUCCGAGGCUGUGUAGAGCGGCCGUCUGAACCUGGUGCCACAGCUUACUAUGUUCAACAGAUGCCUGAAGGAAGUGUGUGUGUAAGGGAGGAUAAAGAGAUCAUGCUGGCCUAUGCAGACGAUGUCGCUGUCGUGACAGGAAGCCAACAAGAUCUUCAAGAGGCCAUGACAAGAUGGAAUGAUGUUUUAAAUAGGGAAGGAAUGAGAAUGAACAAACAAAAAACUUAUUUACUAGUGGACAAGCAACAAGUGAUGGUGUGGCUCUGAGCCACUGUAGUAGGGAUGUUAUGGUUUAAGUGUAGGAAGUUGCAAAUGCUCACCUAACAAUUGCACCUUAGUAGAAAAACACAAACAGGAAGUUUAUGCAAGUUUUUAUCCUUAUAUAAAAUGUUGUAUUGCAUCAAACCUCCAUACAUUACUGUCUCUAUCCAGUAUGAGACCGGUGUUCAGGAAGCACAAGCAUGUGCUGAAUAACAAGAAGCCGGCAUUGGUGAAGGUGACAACAUUUCAUCUAUUUAUACAUACUUUUUAUUAUUAAAGCUUAUCUUAUAAUUAUUUCUGAAGAGAUUGACUAAUUUUUGUAGUAUUUAUGACUUAGAACUAUGAUAAAGCUAUGAAUUGAUAUAAUUCCUGAUUUGUUUUAUCUUUUCAUUAUCCUUCCUUUGUUAAUUGAGCAUUUUAUAUUACUUAGCUUAAAAAUGCAAGAACGGUUCAGAAGUAUCCAACCUUGGGCUAAGGGCCAAAAUUAUGGUAUCAUUCAAAAUGUCCUUCAAAGAAAGCCCUCUGUAAUCCAACACACUUAGCCCAUUAAUCCUUCCAUUUCUCAUCAAUUUGUUCAACAUUCAUAUUUUUCCCUUAUAGGGUUGAACAAUUUUCAUGGGUUCAGAGCAAAAGGCUUCCUCAUUCCUCCCCAAGGUAUUCUCGGAUGGUAAGCAGGUUUGACUCUGGAGCAAACCUGACCAAGGGCUACUGCCCAAGGCUACAGAGGUUCCUCUCCCUGAGGCUGAAUGCACCAUGUGAGAUGGUUCUGUUAUGUGGAUGAAUGUCAUGGUGGAUAGCAGUGCCACCACAUUCCUACAAUCAUCCAUCACUCCACUGCUCAAACGCUUCUGCAACCAAUGAUAGGUAUGCUGCCACAUUCUGCAUGGUCUCCUUGGCUCUCAGAUAAGGAUACUGUCAACAGGUUUGGGAUUGCCAAAAAAUCAUAAGGAGCUAUGUCUGAAAAGUCCAGAGAGAGAGAGAGAGAGAAAGAAUGAGCAAGAGAAAGAGUAGGAUGAAGCAAAGGAAGAGUCAAGAGGGAGGAAGAGAGAGUAGGACAAGAAAAAACAGAACAAAUAAAUCCCCUACACGUCUUGUCUCCAUUCACACAAGCCAUGAAAAGCUUGUCCAUCCCUGAGUGCUCAGAAGCAGUGUUCCACUGAUGAUGUGGAAACUUGAGACACCCAAUCAUUUAAUGGGCUUUAGUAGGUUUUGUCACCAGUCUUCUGUGUGUCACUGACUACAUUUUGAAAUUUUUAUCUGUUCUAUUUAAUUUUGUGUGUAUGUACACAAUGUUUAUGGUCAAUAAACUAUUUAUAAAACUAUUUAUCUGUGUGAGUAAGAUAAAAGCAGUUAUUGUUAUUAUUAUUAUUAUUAUUAUUAUUAUUAUUAUUAUUAUUAUUAUUAUUAUUAUUAUUAUUACACAUUUUCCUCCUUGUAUUUAAAUAUUAUUAUUAUUAUUAUUAUUAUUAUUAUUAUUAUUAUUAUCAUGAAUUGUUCUUGUUUAUAAAUAAAAUACUGUAACUGA